GAGGAAGGCUACGUGGAGAUUUCUCAAGGCACUAAAGCGGGAAAAUGUUGAUGCUGAGGUCAUAUCUUCCUAUACUUCUAAGUGUCACAGGAGUUUACUGCAAAUGGGAAGUAGUUUACCCCAAUAACGUGAAGGGCGUCUCAGGGUCCUGUGCCCUACUCCCAUGCUCUUUUAACUACCCCAGUAAUAUUCAAACUGCGGGUGGAAUUCACAGAAUGUGGUAUAAGGACUAUAAUGAUGCUCGAAAGGUGGUGUACCAUCCUACUGAACCAGUAGAUGCCUCUUUUCUCAGCCGAGUGGAAAUUCUGGGGGAAUCAAUGGCCAAAAACUGCACCAUCCUGAUCAAUGAAGUCCAGCCAUCUGACUCCGGGACAUUUGUUUUCAGAUUUCAGGUUAUCAAUGUUGAUAAUUGGUUGGAUAAGGUCGGUGUUCGGCUCGAGGUUACAGAUGAUCCUCUUGCUCCGGAGGUUGUGGUUCCACCACAAAUCACUGAAGGCGUAGCAGUAACGUUUCAGUGCUCAACACCAUACUUUUGUCCAGAUGGUUCGGUGUCCCUAGAAUGGAUAGACCAUUCUUCAGAGAGAUCCCAGCAAUCCUACACGGUACAGAUGGACACACAGGCUGUUCUUUUUACCAAAAACCUGACCACCAGCUUCUUCUGGAUGGACGACCAGAAAAAGAUCUACUGCGAGGUUUCUACAGGAAAGAAGAAAAUGAGGAAAGAAAUUAUUGUAAAUGUAAUCCAUUCCCCUAAAGGUGUGAAAAUAUUAUUGCAGCCGCCUUCUAGCGGAAAUGUCAAACAGGGCGACCCGGUGACCCUGAUCUGUCAUGUAAACAGCAGCAAUCCCUCAGUGAACCAAUACACCUGGUACAAGGAUGGACGGCAAUUAUCUACAGAUAGGACUAUAAGGUUCCACAGCCUAUCCAGGAGUGACCACGGGGAAUACCGAUGUAAUGCGGCAAAUUCUUUAGGCCAAUUAUCCUCAGAUUCGAUUCGACUGGUCGUCUUCUCUGCCAGGAUCAUUGUUUCUCCCUCAGAAGAUGUGAAGGAAGGCGAGGCUGUAACCCUGACGUGUGAGGUCCCUGGGGCCAGAGCUGAUGAAGUUAAAUACAGCUGGUAUAAGAACAACAUCUGGAUCAAAGAGAGUGCAAUGGUGACCCUCAGCUUCCCAAAAGUAUCCAUCGGUGAUGCCGGAUAUUAUUACUGCCGGGUGCAAAAUGACCAAGGCAGUGAUGAUUCCCCUCCCGUCACAUUAAAAGUCCAGUAUCCUCCAAGAAUUCCGUUACUCACCUCCUUCCUAGAGACUCAAAAGGGCAACUUGGCCUUGAUUCAAUGCACCGUGGACAGCAAUCCCUUCUCAGAGCUAACAUUGUACAAGGACGGAAAUCUAAUCGGAAACUCCAUUUCUCAUGGUACCCCCAGCGAGAGAGUGCAGGUGAUAUCUACUGGGAACUCUCUGAGGCUAACGAUCCAUGAUGUAAAUUUAUCCGAUGAAGGAUUCUACAGCUGUGUUGCUAAGAAUGCUAUUGGGAACUCAUCUGCAAGUCUUCAGUUUACAGUAGAAACUGCCAGAGUGGUUAUUACACCAUCACCUGAAACAGAGGAAGGAAAAGAGGUCACUUUGACGUGUAUGGCAACCCGGGGCUCUGAGCUUGGAACCACAUAUUCCUGGUACAAAAAUAGCAAAAGGCUAAAAGAAGAAGCGAUGAAAGUGAAAGAACUUGUCCUCCAUAAAUUGUCAAAAAAAGAUGCAGGUUCCUAUUUCUGCAAAGCUCAUGAUAGUCAAGGGACCAGCACCUCUCCCCCAGUGACACUACAUGUUCUAUUUCCCCCUAGAGACCUCUCAAUGAAUUCACUUGUAUCUAGUCAAGGUAUUUUGCAAGUGGUCAUUCAGUGCACAGUGGACAGUGAUCCUCCUUCACAGAUGUUCCUUUACCGCGGCAGCACCUUGGUGGCUUCAAGCUCAAAAGUUAUUUCCAACAAGCGAUAUGAAGUUUCUCAUUCGACUAACUCUUUACAACUAGAAAUCCAGAAUGUUGUGUUAGAGGAUGAAGGGCAAUACAUCUGCUUAGCAAACAAUUCAUAUGGAGAAAUGACGGGGGAAUUAGAAUUCACUGCAGAGACAGCGAAAAUAAUUUGGUCCCUAUCUGGAGAGGUUCGAGAAGGAAAUGGAGUAAAUCUAACCUGUUUUCUCAAGACUAUGGCAGACAACAGAAAUUACUCUUACAGCUGGUAUAAAAACAACGUCCUGUACUUGGAAGGAUGGAGGAGUCUAUUACAAAUUCCACAUGUCUCCAGUUCCGAUUCUGGAUUUUAUUAUUGCAGAGCGUGGAACAAUAAGAGCAGCAAGAGCUCAUCGGUGGUCAGCCUGAACGUUGCGUAUGCACCGAGGAAUCUCCAGGUGAUGUCCUUUCAGGACACGGCAGAGGGAAAAUCCGCCUUCAUCCGCUGCACUGUAGACAGUUUCCCACCCGCUGAAAUGUCACUUUAUAAUGAAGAUCGACUGGUUGCCUCCAGCAGAUACACCGAUUCUGUGAAUGAGCGAUACCGGGUCACAUCAUCCCGUAAUGAACUGACAAUGAAUAUUAAGAAUCUAAAGAUGGAAGAUGAAGGGAAAUACAACUGUACCUCCCACAAUAGUGUUGGAUCAACAUCUAAAUCAAUGGUUUUCAAUGUGCAGACUGCAAGAGUUUUGGUGUCUCCAUCUACGGAAGUUCUGGAAGGUUCCCAAGUGACGAUGACAUGUAACUUUAUGAAGACGCAGUCAGAGCUGACCGAAAAAAUCUGGUACAAGAACAGCAGGUGGCUUAGUAAGACCAGUGAUGACAAACUGGUGUUUGACAAUGUAAAGGACAGUGACACUGGGUAUUAUCACUGUGUUGUGCAGGGAACUGAGGACAGCAGUGUCUCGCCAUCCGUCUUCCUUCACGUGUCUUAUGGCCCACGAACACCAGUGUUGUCAUCAUUUUGGGAAGCACAGAGCGGACAAACUGGCAUCAUUCAGUGCUCGGUAGACAGCGAUCCUCCUUCCAGCUUGGCUUUGUACUUCAAAGAACGGAUUAUAUGGUCAUCUGACACCAUGGGAUCCCCAAGUGGCAGGAUAAAAGUAUCCUCUUCACAAAAUAUGGUAAAGAUGGAGAUCGAUGACGUCAGGCUGGAGGAUGAAGGAAUGUAUCUUUGCGUAGCAAGCAACCAUAUUGGAGAGUCAAGAGCGACGGUCAACUUCACUUCACAAACCACCAGAAUCGUGAUCUGGCCAUCAUCGGUGGUCCAAGAAGGAGAAGCAGUGAACUUGACUUGUGUAGUUGCUACCAAGACUGUAAGUGCCGCAACAUACACUUGGUAUAAAAACGGAGUCAUGUACUCAGAAGGUCCCGUAAACACCCUGCAGGUCACUAAUGUGAUCAGCGAAGACAGAGGAGCAUAUCACUGCAGUGUUGAGAGUCAACAAGGAACCAAGAGCUCUCAGUCUGUUAUUUUGAAUGUACUAUAUCCUCCAAAAAAUGUGGUCAUAAAAUCCUUUGUGGAUACAGAGCAAAGCAAGAUAGCCAUUAUUCUAGGCAGUGCCGACAGUAAUCCGCCAUCGAAUCUGUCUUUGUACAAAGAAGGAAAACUCGUAGCUUCUUCAACUGAUGGAGGAAAGUCCAAGGAGAGGAUGCAUGCUUACUUCUCACCAGGUUCACUGAGACUGGAAAUCACAAGUGUCAAGUCCUCUGAUCGAGGGAGCUAUGUCUUGGUUGCUGAGAACUCUUUGGGAAAAAACCAAGCCUCAGUCACCUUUAAUGUGGAAGAAGUCCGUGUUCUUGUCAGUCCAUCCUCAGAAAUGAGAGAAGGGAACAUAGUCACAAUGACUUGUGAAGUUUUAGAUAAUCCUCAAGAAAUAAAUAGUUACACCUGGUACAAGAAUAGUCGGGGGUUCCGGGAAGUCAAAGUGAGUUCCAUUGGCCUUGGGAAAGUAAGCGGCAGCGAUGCUGGGUCAUACUCCUGCACGGCCCAUACAACAGAGGGCUCCAAGACAUCUCCACCAGUCUCCUUAUCUGUUUUAUAUCCCCCAAAGAACUUUUCCAUAAAUUCAUUUUUAGAACUUCAGGGUAGACAGCUCGGAAUCAUAUUGUGCACAGUGGACAGUAACCCUCCCUCACAGAUGUAUCUUCGUAAAGGAAAAGAACUAUUGGACCCUUCCAAUCUCCAGAAUUCUACCCAAAUGCUCCGACUAUAUUCUUCUCACAACACAUUGAGACUAGAAAUUGGAGACAUCACAAGUGAGGAUCAAGGGGAAUACACAUGUGAGGCCAAGAAUUCUCUCGGCACUUUGGAAACCACAAUACGAUUCACAGCACAAAGUGCACGGCUGACGGUACUACCAUCUGAGGAGAUAUAUGAGGGCCACUCAGUGACGCUCACAUGUGAGGUUCCCCGAAUGGAAAAUACAACCUACAUCUGGUACAAGAAUAACAAAUGGCUUCAUGAAGGUCCCCAGGAGACGUAUGUACUGCUCAAUGUGUCCAGCUCCGAGACAGGUUCCUACCACUGUCUGGCAAAUCACAGGAUAGGGAGCAGGACCUCCCCUCUGGUUGGAAUAAGCGUGCUCUAUCGGCCCAAGAAUCUGGGGAUCUCAUCCUUCUUAGAGUCCCAUGAAAGAAAGAGAGGAAUCAUAUUGUGCAGUGUGGACAGCCACCCUCCAUCCACCAUCCGAAUUUACAGGAACGAUCUACUCCUGGGGAGCUCAGCGGUGAUACAGGCCGACCGUGGUCACAAGUAUUGGGCUUCUGCAUCGUAUAACCGUCUACGACUGGAGAUACGGGACAUCACGGCAGAGGAUGGUGGAAGCUACGUCUGUACAGCCAACAACACAUUGGGAACAGCAAGUUUAUCCAUAGACAUCAAUAUUACAGACUUGGAGACUCUGGUCUAUAAGGUCAUCUUCUGGGCGGCUUUCUUUUGUAUUUUGCUCUUGGUCAUCACCAUAAUUGUACUUAUCCGCAGGAAGAAAAGUAAAGAGAAAUAUAUGUGGACCACAGACGAGGAACCUAUAGAAAUGGACAAUAAGGGACCAUCACGUGAUAUAAUUCAAAACAGUGAUACAGGAGAGGACAACACCCAGGACUGGGAAACCUUGCAUGGUGGGGCUUCUGGAUUCAAGACCUUCAUACAAUGACUGCCGGGUAUCCAGUCGAAAUGUUAACCCCUCGGUGCUCCUGUAGACCCCAAGUUUAUGGCAGAUGUGCUGGACCUUGUGGCGAAGAACGUCGUGGACCUUCGGAACUUGUGCAUGAUAGUUGUAUCCCACCUAGCCGCCAUGUUCUCCUCAGGAAUUGACAGAUU